AUGAUUGCCGCGAAUAGAAAUGGGGACCUUUUGUAUUCCAAAAGCUUUGGCUUUACCGAUGCAGGGCCGUUCUCUGUCGAUACUCCGCUAUGGCUGGCAUCAUUCACGAAGUUCAUCACUUCAGUCGCCGUUCUGCAAUGCGUUGAGAAAGGGCUCAUCGAUUUAGACGAAAACGUCGAGCGUAUCCUCCCUGAGCUGUCGGAUCUAGGCAUUUUGUACGGCUUCGAUGAAAAGACAGGAGAACCUCUUAUCAAGAAGGCUGAGAAGAAGAUAACUCUUCGUCAUCUUCUAACCCAUACAUCCGGGCUUGCUUAUGACAGGUGGCAUCCAUUGUUAGUAAAAUGGAGAGAGGUCACUAAAACUACACCAGUAACAGGACUUCAGCCAGUUGAAAAAUUCACGUACCCGUUGCUGUUUGAACCUGGUGAGGGUUGGGUUUAUGGCGCAAGCCUCGAUUGGGCUGGAAAAGCUGUCGAACGCGUGAAUGGAGGGAUGAAAUUGGAAGAGUACUUCAAGGCGAAUAUCUUUGAGCCUCUUGGAAUGAAGCACACCACCUUGCGACCCUCCCAGAACAAAUAUAUUCUGGACAAUAAACCUGAGUCAACUACGCGAGCUCCGACCGGUGAACUUAUACCUACCCCGGUACCAGUCGUAGAAUUCAUGCAACCUCUCAAACCUUUUGAUGACUAUGGAGGACAUGGACUCUGGUCCACACCAACGGAUUAUAUCAAAUUUCUGAUUUGUAUUCUGAAAAACGAUGGCAAACUCCUAGCACCGGAGACAGUUUCGAAGAUGCUUGAGCCCCAACUCAGUGACAAUAGUCAUUUUAUUCAAGCUAUGCAGAUGUCAGGGACCGAGCUGUCUAUGACAAACGGGGUACCAGGAAAUAUAUCUUGGAAUCAUUCGCUUGCUGGCGUCUUGGCGAUGGAGGAUAUACCAAACAGACGCUUGAAGGGGGCAUUAAAUUGGCAUGGAAUUGAUAAUUCUUUUUGGUGGGUCGAUCGCGAACGUGGAACGUGCGGCCUUACCGCGACCCAGCUCUCUGGGCUCACUGACAUAAAAGCGGUGUCGUUGUUCAGCGACUUCGAAGCUAUGAUCUUCGAACUUUCUGGCCAUCAUCGUAUUGAGGAUGCAUUCGAGCAUAAGGAUAUUAAGAAAAAAAAUGCUGAAAUGGGCUUUAACUAUUUGUUGUAUAAAAGUUUUGCCAACAGAGCAAAUAGUCAUUAG